AUGCACUGGCCGGUGGUUUGCGAGAACAGGGAGGGGGGCGGAGCGGCGGCAAGGGGUCGAGGGGAGCGCAGCAUGCCCCCUCCCUUCCGCAUCGCCGUGCUGGGUGCGCAGGGCGUGGGCAAGACUGCCAUCGUGCAGCGCUUCCUCCACGAUGACUACAGCGAGGCGCCUGCCCCGGCAACCAGCCGUGCCCGUCGGGUCCACCUGUCGGCUGCCGUACUCAAUGGCCACGUGCAUGACUUGCAGAUCACUGACUAUCCUGCCAUCACCAGCUUCCCCUGCAGCUCACUGCAGGUACUGUCCCACUGAAGCACAAUAGUGAUGGGAACUGAUGUGUGUGGCAGGUUAGACUUUGUAGCAAGGUGAAAGGUCCAGUUUAAUGUCAGGACAUGAGGAGACAAGGAGACGAGGAGAGGAAGCCACUGUCAGUGGGUUCAUCUUAAUAGACUGAAGUAGCUUCCUUCUGCUUUGAUGCUAUAUAUGCCCUGCUAAUGCCUCACAGUCCCUCUUAUCUACAUUUGCAUAACACACACACACACACACUUAUCUGACAACCUGCUCUGUAUGCACCUGGGAUGUGACAUAAAAGGAAGAAAGCUGUUUUAGCUCUCCUCAAGUUCAAAUACACUAUAUAUACAAAAGUAUGUGGACACCUCUUCAAAUUAGUGGAUUCGGCUAUUUCAGCCACACUCGUUGCUGACAGGUGUAUAAAAUAGAGCACACAGCCAUGUAAUCUCCAUAGACAAACAUUGGCAGUAGAAUGGCCUUACUGAAGAGCUCAGUGACUUUCAACGUGGCACCGUCAUAGGAUGCCACCUUUCCAACCAGUCAGUUCGUCAAAUUUCUGCCCUGCUAGAGCUGCUCCGGUCAACUGUAAGUGCUGUUAUUGUGAAGUGGAAACAUCUAGGAGCAACAACGACUCAGCCGCGAAGUGGUAGGCCACACAAGCUCACAGAACGGGACCACCGAGUGCUGAAGUGCGUAGCGCGUAAAAAUCGUCUGUCCUCGGUUGCAACACUCACUACCGAGUUCCAAACUGCCUCUGUAAGCAACGUGAGCACAAUAACUGUUCGUCAGGAGCUUCAUGAAAUGAGUUUCCAUGGCAAAACAGCCGCACACAAGCCUAAGAUCACCAUGCGCAAUGCCAAGUGUCGGCUGGAGUGGUGUAAAGCUCGCCGCCAUUGGACUCUGGAGCAGUGGAAACGCGUUCUCUGGAGUGAUGAAUCACACUUCGCCAUCUGGCAGUCCGACGGACGAAUCUGGUAGUUUGGUGACGCUCUGUACAGCGCUGGAAGUCUCUCAUCCUCAGUAGGCCAAGAUGUACUACUGAGAUGGUGGAAGCCAUCAACCCCAGCACUCAGAGGCACAUCUUGAACGUGACCGAGCGCCCCCUGUUGAACAAGGAGAGGCACUAUCGGAACGGCGUGAUGCAGUCCUCCGAGGGUGUCCGAGAGAGAAUCCAGCAUUACGCCUUGGUAUUCUAUUCUCUGUGUUGGCACCAAACAGCUAUUUUUCUGAUUGAUCUUGAACCCUACGUUGUGUUUGGUACCGCUUGCUCCCGGGAUGGGGAGCAAAGCAGGUAAUCAUCUAUGUAGGACUCUCAGACCCUUGUUUCUCUGUGGUGUGAGGGUUGCCUCUACACACUUUCUGAACGUUCAGGAAGCUAGCGCUAGCCCAAAUGGUAUUCAUAGACUGUGCCUUGAAAAGAAAACCUUAAAAACCUCCUGUGUGUGAAAAUAAGCAUCCUGCAGGUCGACAGGUGAACCAGUCGCCUCGACGAAUAGACAGAGACAGCAUGUUGAAUGUAAGCAUAUGCAACGUUGUCAGAUAGCUGUUUAGCACCCAUUGGUCCAGAAUUGGGGUGAACCCCUCCUCUUUCUUUGUGAACCAGGAAGUACCGAGUGUAGAAGCCAAGGUGGCUCUCUGCCGCUUGUAUUGCCCUGAUCGUAAUCGAGAGGAGAUUUACUGCUUUAGUAUGCGUGCCGAGUCGCAGUCGCUACUGAGUCCUAAAUUCUGCUUGAACUUGAGCUGGGGGGAAAGCCGUGGUAUGGCGGGCACUCGGGGGUAGAGUAGAUUCCCUCCAUCUUCCUUGAGAGCGAACGCAUUAGAAUGGGUCGCUGCACAAAGGGAAGGGUUCUAGGAGCACAGAUGUGCCUCUCCCCCAUUGUGGUGGUGAGGGGAAGUCUGUGCUCCACCCGAGAGGUGGCAGGACAGAACACGGGGUGAACUGUUGGCUGCCCCUCUCUGCAUAAGGGGGCGUACCCCUAGGUCGGGAACCCCUUCUUCCCUGCAGGGGAAUCAAAUGGGCGGGACCUUGAUGCGGCUGCAGAAAAGGACAGUUUUCCCCACUGUUGGCCCAUGUUUGGGAAUCCAAACUGUGGGGUCGGUUCCCACUGCGUCACUGGAAGCCUCCUGUGGAAAGCCCUGGUGCCAGCGAAUCAGUCUGGGUUAGGCUUGCCGAUAGCUAGGAGAUUAUGCAUCUCUAGCAUCAAAUCGGCCUGGUAAGCCAGCAGUAGGGAUGUAAUAUUCAACUCCCGUGCAGAACGUGCAGCAGACAUGUAGACCUUUUGGUAGAUGGACAUGGAGAAGCGUUCCAUCUUACCAGGGAGAGAAGUGCCUGUUAAUGACGAGGAACUGUGUUUGAGGUGGUUGGCCACUGACUGCUCGACCACCGGUGGCUUGCUGAGGCCCAGCACCUCCAUGUCCUUGACAUUCAUGCUGGCAAAAAGUCUGGUUUAACCUUGUCGGUCAAGGGUUUGUCCCAAUUGCGUUUGGCUUCCGCCAUGCAAGCUGGGAUAGCUGGGAGGAGUUGCUUGCUUGGGAUGGUGCGAGAGGGGAGUUUCCUUCCAUCGUACCAGUCCAUCUCUACGCUGCCACUCCCCACGGGUUCGGGCCACUCAAUACUGAGUCUGGUCGCUGCCCGUUUGCAGACAUCAAGGAGCGAAUAUCUAUCAUCCGCCAUCAAUACCCCGCUAAGGGUGAAAGAGGGACUAGAGGUAACAGCUUGCACCUCCUCGUGCUCUUCUUACUCCACUGCUUGUAGGAGGUCGGUCAUGCCCUCGCCAUUGUCUUCGUCGAUGAUGAGGUCCCCUUCUGCCUAUGGGGCCAAGCACUGGAAAAGUGGGUGAAGGUCCUCGGGAUAGCCAUCCAUGACGUCGGCCCAUGAGGGCUGGAUCUGUGAAGUAGUCUCCUCGCUCGAAGGCAGUGUGUGAGAUGAGCCACAUAGGGCUGUUCGACACACUCUCCGGCAGCAAAAAACUGCCAGUGAGUGUUAGCUGCAAAGAAAACACAAUGGAUGCAUGACUGGGGAUUAUCGAACUCUGCUUCCGUGUGUUCGAAACCUAGGCAGACGACACAUGGGGGUGAGUGUCCUUGCCAGAUAUGGUUGCUCUGUAUGGGCACGGUAGUGCCAGUGCUGGGGCAGGGGCCGGGGCCUUGCUCGGUACCCCUUGGGCUGAGCUAGCAGGCUCCAUUCCUCCAAAAAACAGCUAAUCUGAGAACAAAGGGAAACGUAACUCACGUUCGCCACUUGGGCUAGUAGCAUAGCUAAUUACCAUAGUGCUUACCAGAUAAUUAUUUAAAGGGAUACUUCAGGAUUUUGGCACUAAAGCCCUUGAUCUACUUCCCCAGAGUCAGAUGAACUCGUGGAUACCAUUUAUAUGUCUCUGCAUCCAGUAUAAAGGAAGUUAGCGAUAGUUUCACGAGCCAAUGCUAACUAGUGUUAGCGUGAUGAUUGGAAGUUUACAGAAACAGCUAGCAUUCCCAAUUGCGCUAACGCUAGUUAGCAACUUCCUCUAAACUGCACGCAGAGACAUAAAAAUUGUAUCCACGAGUUCAUCUGACUCUGGGGAAGUAGAUAAAAUCAUUGCCAAAAUCACAAAGUAUCCCUUUAACAAUGUGAACGUAGCUAGAUUUCACCUCGUGUUAGCCAAGGAAAGCUAGUGCUAUGUUGAUCUUGAGACUAACAAAAGCGUGGCUCUCAUUCGGUAAGCAGAGAGUGAGCUAGUAAUUCUACCCUUCCAGGUAAAAACGCUAGUCGGUAGGCUAACUAGCCAGGUUAGCUAAGCCCUGCAGCUAAGUUAGCCAAGUCUCAGUAGCUAGCAGUGUGAUGCUAGCUACCGAAGGAGACAAAGGAAGAAAAAGCAACGAAGCUAAUUGUUACCCGAAGUGAAAACUUUCCUUUCGGUAAAGUCACCCAACACAGAAGAGGAGAGCUGAAAAACCUGUGCUCGGUGGCGUAACCUCAGCGGCACACCUGUGAACAUUUAAACAGAAAAACCGAUCAAGUCGUGCUGAGGAGAGCUAGCUAGAGUAGAACUCUUCUGUGAGGAAGAGAGGUGAGAAUGAUCAGAGGGCGGACGAGUGGCUCUUUAGUAUUAGGGGAAGGGCUCCCUUAUUUGCCACUGCGUCAGACAGACGUGUAUGAUUGGUUCCUCGAGCUACUUAGAGAUUCUGGUGAAUCCCACUGUGAGAUAUUGAAACGAAUAAUUGAAAGAGAACCACAGUUUGGGUUAUAACUUCAAUCACCUCAAAUUUCACACUCUAUUGAUCAUUUAUACAACCUGGUCUCAGAGUAUUUCGUAUUAUUCUGUACAUACACUCCAUUUACUCCGAACAAAAAUAUAAACGCAACAUGUAAAGUGUUGGUCCCAUGUUUCAUGAACUGAAAUAAAAGAUCCUAGAAAUGUUCCAUACGCACAAAAAGCUAAUUUCUCUCAAAUGUUGAGCACAUAUUUGUUUACCUGUUAGUGAGCCUUUCUCCUUUGCCAAAAUAAUCCAUCCACCUGACAGGUGUGGCAUAUCAAGAAGCUGAUUAUCAUUACACAGGUGCACCUUGUGCUGGGGACAAUAAAAGGCCACUCUACAAUGUGCAGUUUUGUCACACAACACAAUGCCACAGAUGCCUCAAGUUUUGAGGGAGUGUGUAAUUGGCAUGCUGAUUGCAGGAAUGUCCACCAGAGCUGUUGCCAGAGAAUUGAAUGUACAUUUUUCUACCAUAAGCCGCCUCCAACGUCAUUUUAGAGAAUGUGGCAGUACGUCCAACCUGCUUCACAACCGCAGACCACGUGUAACUACGCCAGCCCAGGACCUCCACAUCCGGCUUCUUCACCUGAGGGAUCGUCUGAGACUAGCCACCCGGACAGCUGAUGAAGCUGUGGAUUUGCACAACCAAAGAAUUUCUGCACAAACUGACUGCAGUUUGGCGUCGUAACCGACUUCCAUGGGCAAAUGCUCACCUUCGAUGGCCACUGGCACGUUGGAGAAGUGUGCUCUUCACCGUUGAAUCCCGGUUUCAACUGUACCGGGCAGAUGGCAGACAGCGUGUAUGGCAUUGUGUGGGCGAGCAAACAGAGUGCGCCUUGGUGGGGUUAUGGUAUGGGCAGACAUAAGCUAUGGACAACGAACACAAUUGGAUUUUAUCGAUGGCAAUUUAAAUACACAGAUAUACCGUGACGAGAUCCUGAGGCCGUGUUUCAGCAUGAUAAUGCACGGUCCCAUGUCGCAAGGAUCUGUACACAAGUCCUGGAAGCUGAAAAUGUCCCAGUUCUUCCAUGGCCUACAUACUCACCAGACAUGUCACCCAUUGAGCAUGUUUGGGAUGCUCUGGAUUGACUCGUACGAAAGCGUGUUCCAGUUCCCGCCAAUAUGCAGCAACUUUGCACAGCCAUCGAGGAGGAGUGGGACAACAUUCCACAGGCCACAAUCAACAGCCUGAUCAACUCUAUGUGAAGGAGAUGUGUUGCACUGCAUGAGGCAAAUGGUGGUCACACCAGAUACAGACUGGUUUUCUGAUCCAUGCCCCUACUUUUUUUUAAAGGUAUCUGUGACCAGCAGAUGCAUAUCUGUAUUCCUAGUCAUGUGAAAUCCAUAGAUUAGGGCCUGAUUAAUUUAUUUCAAUUGACUGAUUUCCUUAUAUGAGCUGUAACUUAAUAAAAUCUUUGAAAUUGUUGCACAUUGCGUUUAUAUUUUUGUUCAGUGUAGUAUGAUAUGUUACGUUUGGUAUGGUGACAUACUGUAAGACAGAUGUAAGGCAAAAACUAAAGUAGGGUGGUUGGUCGAGUUGGAUGGGUGGCCAUAUAACGCGAACGUCUAGCAACCCAAAGGUUGCGAGUACAAAUCUCAUCACGGACAACAUUAGCAUUUUUGCUAAUUAGCAACUUUUCAACUACUUACUACUUUUGAGCUACUUUGCAACUACUUAGCAUGUUAGCUAACCCUUCCCCUAACCCUAACCUUAACCCCUUUAGCUAACCCUAACCCUAACCUUAACCCUUUAACCUAACUCCUAAACUUAACCCUAACCUUAACCCCUAACCCCUAACCUAGCUAACAUUAGCAAGCUAGCUAACGUUAGCCACAUAGAUAGAAUUCGUAACAUAUCAUAUGUUUAGAAAAUUAGUAACAUAUUGUAUGUUUUGCAAAUUCGUACAUAUAAUAGGAAUUGUAAUUCAUAAUAUAUACGAAAUGGGUGAUGGACAUCCACAAAUUAAUACAUACCAUACGAAACGUAACAUAUCACACUAAAUGGAGCAUCACGGAUUUACAUACAGAGUAAUACGAAAUGCUCUGAGACCAGGUUGAUUUAUAAAGGAAUCAGUGUUUUCAUUUGCACUGGAGAGGUGCUUGAGGUGUUUUUGAAAAGCUAUGCAAGGCAAGCACCAGCUUGCAAACAAUAUUUCUCACAGCGAGGAGCCAAUUAUAAAGCAGAAAUGAAAUUACAAAAAGUUUGAAUUCAAUAAGAGAGCAGAUUGUGUUCUGGUCAUAUUGAUCAGACAGUAAGCUAUGUUGCGAGUCAUUUCAACAAAUGAACUAGACUAACAUAAUUUGCAAAAAGUGUACAAAAGCUGUGUGUGUGUGCGUACAUGAGUGUGUACAGAAUAGGUGAAAGAUAUUGGUCUCCAUACAUCUAUUUAAAAGAAAAUACUCAGCCAAAUUAAACAUUUAUAAAACAGUGCUAUCUGAGUUUUACCAGACAAAAGGAAGGUUCGUUUGUGUUAUUGCUUCGUAAUGAGAGAUCUCCCUAUGUCUUCUCGCCUCCCUCCUGUCCUCCCCUUUCUACUCUUGCUAAAAUGUUACUCUUUUUUUCCUGUCUCUUCUGCUCUAUUUUUCUAUUUCCUUCUCCUUUCUUCACUUUUCUAUCCGCUUCCCUCCCUCCUCCAGGAGUGGACAGACACCUGCUGCCGAGGUAUCCGCAGCGCUCACGUCUACAUCCUGGUCUAUGACAUCUGCUGCUUCGACAGCUUCGAAUACGUCAAGACUAUGCGCCAGCAGAUCCUAGAGACCAGGUGAGGACAUGGCCUGCAUGACAAAUAGGGACCAGCUCCAGCUGGCACUGGUUCUUUGAACAGACAUAAUUACGGCUCGCUCUGCAAUUAGGAGCCCCCACCGCCACACGCACAUACAACAUUUAUUUAACAUUUGGAAUGAAAUCAACAUGAGUGGCUCAGACUGCCAAGGUCAAAUGUCUUCAUAAUCACUUUGGCUUCUCUUCACAAUCUCUCUAUUGUCUUUUUGCUCUUUUGUGUUUUCUUUUGAAUUAAUUAUAUUUUGGAUGUUGCUGGAAGCGAAUGGCAUUGUGGAGUGGUGUGAUGAAAACAGUUUUAGCAACACCCACUCACAAUAUACACUAGACACUCCGCAGACACUCACUUACUUGUUACAACACAAGUCUUUCACAGUGGUUAUUUUACCAUAGUAAAAAACAGUUGAGUCACAGUCUGAAAGAACCAUUACCAAGUCAAUUUUCACUAUGGAUGAAACAUAUCCAGAAACAGUAGAUUAUGUUUGAACAAACCACCCCCUCUUGGCCCUUUGCUGAAAAAAGUUGAUAACCCUUCAUUGCUAAUCCACAAAUCUCAUGUCAGUAGUGCUUGCUUGCUUUUCAGGUCAAUAAAUCUCUCCAAAACCAGGUAGCUGCUAAACCAAUUCUGUGUCAUAUAAUUAGUCAAAGCAAUUUGUGCAAACCAUCCCUCCUGCGAGCCCAGAUAGCUUUAAUCAGAGAGACUGCGUGUCCUAAUAAUAAGGUUGGGAAACAAGGCUGGUGUUUGUCUUAGAGUGAUGUCAGUGUGGGAUAGUGACAUGAAGUGACGUUUGGAGGGGCAGACGUGUGAUACAUGGGUGUCUGUCAGUGGAGCUGAGAUUUAUUCUGAGAGCCAUUAGACUGCUUCAACAGUCAGCUUGCAAACACUUGACUUGUCGUUGUGAGGCAGCCGAUGACCUUAGUGCAAACACAUGUCAGCUUCUCACCAUCAACCUUUCUCGCACGUCUCACGUCUUGCACGCAUGCACGCAGAGGGAAAGAUGGGGUGUUUAAUAUCCUCUCCAAAUCUGCUAAUGGGCCAGGGACAAUACUGACUGCUGGUAGGCUGCAUCUCUUAAGGCACAUGUGCUUGUACUGUUAGAUAUCUUUUGAAGUGCAAUUUUUCUGCAAUGUACUUACUUACUUACUUACUUACUUAUUAGGAACACUUUCCUAAUAUUGAGUUGCACCCCCUGUUGCCCUCAUAACAGCCUCAAUUCUUCGGGGCAUGGACUCUACAAGGUGUCGAAAGCAUUCCACAAGGAUGCUGGCCAAUGUUGACUCCAAUGCUUCCCACAGUUGUGUCAAGUUGGCUGGAUGUUCUUUAGGUGGUGGACCAUUCUUGAUACACAUGGGAAACUGUUGAGCCAGCAUCGUUGCAGUUCUUGACACACUCAAACCAGUGCGCCUAGUCUUGCCCAUUCACCAUCUGAAUGGCACACAUACACAAUACAUGUCUCAAUUGUCUCAAGGCUUAAAAAUCCUUAGGGGCAGGGUGAUGGUUACCUGUCAUUGGCAGCAGUGAUGGAUGUGAGGUGUAGUUGUCCCAUCAGCCUUGUUGGCUGCUGUCACAUGGUGUGUGAGCAUGAGGCCUUCAGUCAGCACCCACUCUGACAGUGCCACGUUGCCAAGGCUACACAGAGGCUAAUGGUGUUAGUGACAGCUCCUGUCACAGCCAUUCAUCUCCCAGUCAUCCAUUUAUGGCGUGGGCUCGCCCAGUUAUUAUUAUUACACACAAAUCAUUUGAUUUGUUCGAUUUCCGUGCUAAAGGUUUUAGCAGUACAUGCUUGUAAAAUCAACGUUUGGAGCAGUAGGCUACAUUCUUUUGAAAUCAAUAUGAGAAGCAGAGUGGACUAUCGCCCUCCAUUGUCCUUUGCACAUAUUGUUGUGCCACACCCUCACAUUGUUCAUACUGUUACAAUUGUGCCUUUUGCUUUUAAGGAACUGACAGCUGAGGAAAAGUGAUUUAUUUCCUAGAAAAUAGGGAACUAUCACAAGAGCAAUCAUCAUACGGAAGAGACAAAAUCUCAACGCAGAGACCUGGGGAUGGGGAGAGGAGAGUGACACCCUGGGUCUUACUCACAUUUAUCUGACGAGGAGCCCCAGGAUAGCAGGGAGAGGCCGGUGACAGCUUGUCAGUAAGAUUCCAGACAAAGCCAGGCGCUGUAGACAGAACAAAUGCAUGAGCCAAGCCCAGUGGAGCAGUGAAGGAGAGAGGGGGCAUUACAGUCAGCAACAACAGAGACUAGAGAACACACGCACACAAUGAACACUCACCUCAGAAACCCAAGGUUUCAAACUUGCGCUGUAGGAGCUACCAGCAUAUUACUUUGAGAGGGGUAUCUGUGGGAUUUUAAACCUUCCCUCGACUAUAACUCAAGGUUUCUGUCAAGGUGUACUUCCAUUAGUACAUUUGCAGAGUUAAGAAAAGCCCUUCUUGAAAAUGUCUGGGUUUUGGCCAUGAAUAUGUCCAAACAGAAACAGCCCUUUAUCCUCUCCCUACGAAGAGUCAAUUUUGGCCAGGGUUGACAGGGCAGGGGAUUUGAUAACUCUGCUUUAAUAGCAUCAACUAUAACAGCAUAAAAACCCCUCAGAAUAUUUUUCUUAGAUUUCUCUUGACUGGGUGUGAAGGUUAAAAUCUUGGGGUACAAACCUGUGUCAGUCAUAGCUAAGCCUUGAUUUUAUGUUAUGCUGUGUUUCUGUUUAAAUGACCACAGAAAAGGAACCAGUGUGUGUGCCUGGCUUUAGCUGACGACAGGAUGUCUAAUCUCUCAUUCUCAGUUUUUGUCUCUCUUUUCCUUUCUCCAGGGUGGUGGGCACAGGCGACACGCCCAUCCUGAUUGUGGGGAACAAGCGGGACCUGCAGUGGGGGCGUGUCAUCCCCCGCCACAACGUGUCCGACCUGGUUAGGAAGAACUGGAAGUGCGGCUACAUGGAGUGUUCGGCCAAGUACAACUGGCACGUGCUGCUGCUAUUCGGGGAGGCUAUGCGCAGUGUGGUCUGUGCCCGCUGCAAACACGCCCAUGCCACCAUUCGCUUCCAACGGGCACUGAGGAACGAACGCUGUGCCCUCAUGUGA